AUGAAUGUGAAACCGUCGCCUAGAGCAUCGCCGCGACGAACCAGCAAUGAUGGCGGAAUCAGCGUCGCCGACAUCAUCCGCGUGCUGCUCACGCUGGUCGUAGCAUCCUGCGGGCUGUCCUACUACAUGACCGGCGAGUCUGUUCUCUGGGGUUACAGGCCGUGGUUCACAAGAUGGCCAGUCUUGGUCCAGUACAUUAAAGGACCCGUCUACCUAACACCGGACCAACUCGCCCUCUACAACGGCACCGACCCCUCCCUCCCCAUCUACGUCGCCGUCAACGGCACCAUCUUCGACGUCUCCGCCAACCCGCUCGUCUACGGCCCCGGCGGCGGCUACAACUUCUUCGCAGGCCGGGAUGCAACCCGUGCGUUUGUGACGGGCUGCUUCCAGGAGGACCUCACGCACGAUCUUACGGGGGUGGAGGAGAUGUUCAUCCCCCUUGAAAACGAGGAGGAAGACAGGAAGCUGAGCAGUGGGGAGAGGAAGAUCCGGCGGGAGCAGGACAGGAGGGUGGCGCUGGGCAAGGUGCGCAAGCAGGUGGCUCACUGGGAGAACUUCUUCCGUAACCACAAGAAGUACUUUGAGGUGGGGAAGGUGGUGGGAUUGGAGGAUUUGCCCAGGGAGAAGAGGGAGCUUUGUAAGGCUGCGAAGCAGCAGCGGCCGAAAAAGAGGGAUGUGGUGGGUUGAUAUUAUGGCAAAGCUGGCGUGUAUGAUGGUUACGAUCAGGCUAUAAUAUCUACGAAUCGGUAAAGCAAAGUUGGAACAGAUUUUGUGAGAUCCGAUUCAGUCAAAUUUACUUGACAUAUGCAGCAGCGCGUGCUUUCACACCAG